ACUUGCGAACAUGUUCAUCUGCACCAAUCGAGUGUCUUGGUACAUCACGUACUCAAUACUUUCAAUGCUGAGUUUUAGACUUAUGGACCCGCCACUACUGUUCCAGACUUGGCACAGAGAAGCGGCGAGAUCUGCCCAGGCGUGGGCAAACCGCUGUAAGCUGCUCGCCCACGACUCCAUCUCAGGCCGCUGGAUAGAUGACUUCGGGUCUUGCGGGCAGAACAUCUUCAUCAGCACCCACCGAGUUCCUUGGUUCUUUGCCAUCAAGACAUGGUUCUUGGAGCGGCACAACUUCACGUACGGCUCCAGGGGCAACUCGCUAAUGAAGGUGGGCCACUACACACAGCUGGUGUGGGCGGCCACACACAAGGUGGGGUGUGGCUUCUCCGAGUGUGGCGGCCACAAGAAGUACUUCAGCUACGUCUGCAACUACUGUCCCAUAGGCAACCACCUGGAGAGGCUAGGUCAGCCGUACAGCCGCGGUAAGCCGUGCAGUGGCUGUGCCAAGGACUGCAACCGACGAAGACUCUGCACCAACUCCUGUUGGGCCGCUGACCUCUGGGCCAACUGCCAGGAGCUGUAUCGUACUUGGCCCAACUGGCUGUGCCGCUCCCAACACACCAGCCAAGGCCGACAGCGCAGAGACAAUUGUAAGGCGACGUGCACCUGCGCUGGCAAGAUCAAGUGACUCGUUGAUCAUCACUUGGCACUCUUUGGUCACAACACUAAUCUUUACUGUUCUGGUUCCAGUUAUAACACUCAUAGCAAUAUCUGUUACAGUUCCCACACAUAGAUUUUACGCAAAGCACUUUAUUAAAUCAGCAAUGUAAGUGGACAUUUACCACAGUUUUAAUCUUGAUCAAGUGUCCAAAAAUCCUAAAAAAUAAAGUUAAAUGUACAAAAAAAUUUAAUAAUUCUAUUAAAAAUAGUUUUUUUUUAUUUGUUGUGUGCUUGACUGAUAUCUGAUGAUAUUUUAACACAUGAGGAAAAGGAUGGCUUCACUCUAAACGUAUUAUUACAUGUUUCUAUAAUUAUAACUGCGUAAAAUGAU